AUGUCUGCACCAACUUUCACAUCUGGUGAGAAGGGCAAGUCGCCCGAUUCUUCGUUAGCACCGUCAUCUGCCUCUAGACCAGCUGGUCGUCGAACCGAAUCUUUGAUUCAAACUGAAAGCAAAGUAUUGCCAUCCUUGCAAUAUUCGAAUGAGUGUUUAGAGGCAACUGGAGUUAAGCCAUUAGAAGCUCCUGGCCCAGAAUCAAACUACCAUCAAUGUCAGUUUGUAAUGGGGACAAUAAUCAGAGGAUCAAGUUUUGGUUAUGUACUUCGGGAAAAUCAACUGGUACCUCUUCCUGCAUCUGAGGAACAUGAUCGAUGCAAAGUAUCUGCAUUGAUACUUUGA